UCACAAACUUGCACCGUGCAACUCUCGACUAACUUGUUGCAGACUGGAGCUCAAAAGAGUACGUACACCUUCACCAUUGGAGCAUCGCGUCCGGGGCUAUCUUGGCAGCCUGGUAGCAUAUUUUCUAAUGGAUCACGUUCCUGAGUCCUCACAGUCUUGUGGUGGGGCGGGCAUUUCAGCUUGUCUAUCGCGAUAAAUACUGCUCCGACCUCCAGGGGCAUUGCUCUGCGAUAGUGUACCCAAAGCAUAUCGAUAGGCACUAUCCGAUCGCCAGAGUAACGACGCAUUUAUACCACGAGGCCAUAGUAUACAAUUACCUUUCUCACCGGUUUUCAUUUCGCUCAGCGCUCUAGUGAGGAAUUGUCGCAGUCGAAUUAUCGGUGUGUUGGGGUUGAGGGAAUGGCCAUGGCGUCAACACCAGACUACCAGUCCGUCAAGCCGUCACCAGUCCGGUGGCAGUUUAUCGAUUCUUCAAACGACAAUGCUCAGAACCUAACCCAAGUUAAACGCCAUGUGAUGCAAGAAUAUAUGCGCCAGAAGCGCCUUGAAAAUCACGGACAAGACACCUCAGAUGAUGGAAUGGACACAACAACAGUCAAAGAUAAGAAGAAGAAAAAAAAGAAGAGGGCAAGCAGCAACGAAAGUAACAAGCGUCAAAGGGCUCAGAGGAAACAAAUCGCAAGGACCUCAAAUCCCGAGAUUAAGACGCCUGAGAAGACGCCUAUUGAUAAAUUGAAGCCCACCCUAAGAACAGAGCCUAGCCAGCCAACACCCAUUCCACUGUCCUAUCACAUGAACUUACAUCCCAUCAAUACCUCUACUGCUCCCACUUCUUCGCCCUGGGACUUCAGCUCUCCGAGUGAUAGCAGCGAUUUCUUCAUCGAGACGGGUCCAGGGUACAACAGCCCGACUCUUUCGGCCUGGUCAAGAACGGAACUAUCCCCUCCUCCUCAGACACUGCUUAGUGCCGCACGAACUGACCCUUUUCACACAUUGCCAUUACAGUUGAGCGUCCAAGAUCAGCAACUUUUCGACUUCUAUGUCAAUGACAUGCCCGCGUGCUCCUAUGGAGAUCACUUCCGAACCCAAAAUGCACACAACUGGUACAGGGAUGUUUUUGUCCACGAAGCAAUGAAAGGCCCUGUCACCUUCGUGAACACUAUUCUGGUGCACGCUGCCAACACCCGGGCCUGGCUGUGCAAUGAAAUUGAGACAGAAGUGACCUUAAAAUACCGUCAACGUGCUCUUCAAAUGCUUAUUGAUCACACACAAAAGUACCCUAAAGACACGUCUGAUAACGUCAUCACUGCCUGCAUGAGCGCUGCCGCUGUAGAGGAUUUUGAUCCUCGCCCAGAACGCAAGCAGAUUAGUUGGAUUCACAUGCGACAGGCUCGCAACAUGAUUAAAGAACGUGGUGGACCAGCCGCCUUCGAGAACACAAAGCUUGCAAUGCUGAUUAACUGGCAAGACUAUAUUCUGGCUGGAUAUGAAUCGGAAUUGGGCGGCUUCCAUUUCGAAAAAGACCCUUCCUUACCGACAGCACCGUUAUUACCAACGCUCCCAUCUCCUCCAUGUUCAGUUUCUUCAGUCCCAAUCGAUAGUACAUCAUCACUUGAAUCUCCUCGACUCCCGAACACCGUUGAAGCUGAAGUUAGACUGCAGUGUGAAGAUUUCCUCAACUUUCUUAGUCGCUGCGAGCAUUUAGCCAUCAGCCAACAUACCACCUUGCCAGCGUCUGUUGCCCCUAAUCGCCACGCUGCCUUCCAGCCUGGAGCCGUUCUGGGUAGGAUAUUGGCAUCUCCAAAUGGGAAACGGUUCACAGAAACCGGAAAUCGAAAGCAGUUCAUUUCUCGACUUGCAACUGUCAUGAUGUUGAAUGCUGCUCUCUGGGACUAUCGAUCGUCAAUCCGUCGAGCAGAGGCUUUUCUUGAUCAUACUGUUUGCAAAAUCCUCGAUAGUGAAGUGAACAUGAGCUCCUCGGUAGAAGCUCUUUUGCAGAUCCUUCUUGCCUGUCAAGAUUUCCCGACAGACUCUCCCUCAGACAACUUCGCCUUCAGCCCGCUGGCUCUAUUGCAUGGCGACCUCGAUUUUCCUGACUAUUCGCAAUAUUCACCUUUUGCAACAUCUCCAUCCGCUCGUCCAUGGUUCGUGGGGCGGAUGCUGAAAAUCGCAAAGCGCCUGAGCCGUGACUCAUGGAUGCGCGUCAACGAUUUCCUCUAUUCCUGUCUGACACUUCAGAUAUGCGAGCCUUCCCUGCUUACGUGGGAGAAUGAUUUACGACAAGAGAUCCUCCAAGCUCCAUUAACGAGUUACAUAAUGCCUGCUUUGCAAUAAUGCGGCAGAAAAUAUGCCUGUAAGAAACAUGCUGGAUGUGUAUAUAUUUCCGAUUUUUAAACUUUUCUUGCCUUGUCUUUUUUCACUGAUUUUCACACCGACUGGGUGAGAUGAUGCUAUGAUCUUUGAUAUAGCGGUAUGUAUAUGGGUUGGGAUUGGACUGGAUCGGAGUCUAAAUUGUUUAGUUUGGAUGUAUUAUAUAAUAGCAAUUUGAUCAGUACCACAGGUAUCAAAGGCUGCUUUACUAUUUCCGC